CAAUCAAGCUGAGUCCAACAAGCAGGAGGCGCGUGAGCACAAUGCCACCGCACGACAAUCAGCUGCAGCCACUGCCAGAGCCGGUGGCGGGACAGGACCCAAAGUUACACCACUGGUGGAGGAAUGGCCAUGGGGAUGGAAAAUUACUAUACUAGUGGUCCAAACAUGUCUGCUGGAUAUGGAUAUGGAUAUGGUACCAGUCAUCAUGACACCAACAACAUGCACUAUAAGAAAAAAGAGUUUAGGCAACAUUUUUUUAACGACGCAUUUUUAAACGUCAUUAUUUUUAAAUAUUUAAUGACGUUUUACAAAACGUCGCAUAUUUAUUUAAUAAAACGACACCGUUUUAUAAUAGAAAACGCCUCCAAAUGCGUUGUGCCUCACGCGCUUGUCUCCCCCUCUUUUUAAACCCUAAUUUUGAAUCUGAGACUCACCUAAGACCCAAAUCUCGACCCCUCUCUCUCUCUCUCUCUCUCUAAAUCUCAGAGUGAUUUCAAAGCUCCACUGCCUGUUCAUUCUCAGAGCGAGGUAGCGUAUAAACAGAUUUUGUCUGUUGAUAUAGAAAAAUCAACAAAUUGUAAAUGAACUUUCUGACAAGUGCAUGUUCAAAAGAAGUUUGCACCAACGAAGUGAUUUCAUCGCAGAGAUUCAGAGCGAUUUCAUCUCAGUGAUUUCAUCGCAGAGAUUUAGAGAUUCAGAUCGGUCUUCACCAUCUACACCAUCGUCUGCUAAGGUCAAAAGGCCGUCAAAUUUUGUGGAUUUCUAUUCUUAUGCAUUUCGAUGCUGCUUAACAGGAAAAACAGGAGUAUUGACAUUGAGAGCAUUUGCCAAUUACUUGAUCUUGUUCUAGGGUCCCAAUCCCGUGCCCAGGUCAACUACUUUGUUGAGUACUUGAGGACACAAAUUGAUUACAAGGUCAUAAACAUAGACCAAUGGAUGGGUUUCUAUCGGUUUUGCAAUGAGGGAACAUGCAGAGUCAAAAUGAAACAACUGCAGUUUAUGGGAAUUGCUUGUACUGUCAUGUUGUUCAUAGUAUACAGAACCACAAAUUAUCAAUAUCGACAGACAGCGAUAGACGAACGAUUGAACCCUUUCUACAUGUCGAAGUUGUUUUAUGAACUUGCACUUGAUAGGUGAUUUGUCUUACAAUAGUUUUGCUAGUUUACCUUGUGGCAUCAUUCAAGCUGGUUCAGAUUUGGAGUUAAAACCUCUAUGGUCAACAAGUAGUUCAAGGGAAAAGGUUGAUGUUUCAAGCUCUCAUAACUUACUAGCAACAGACAAGAUUAUGGCAUUAUGUUUUUUUGGCAAUUUCCCUGCCCAUUGACAUACAUUUUAAAAGGUUAAUCAGAGGAAUGUUUAUUGGGGCUUUUGGAUUCGAAAACAGUAUGUUACUCAUCAAGUGGAGUUCUUACCAGCUACAGAAAAAGUAGCUCAUUUCAAAUCAGUCUUUGAUUUGGGUUAUUUUUCCCUUUGAUUCAAGCAGACCCACUCGAUACUAAUUUUUCUUAUACAAGACAAAUCUGGUUUUUGUUUUGGUAAUAAUGAAUGAUUUAUAUCUGAGUAUUGGAUGUUUCUUCUUUACGGUUGAGAUAAUUGGUUUGCAUUGUCGGCUAUGGUAAUGACUUUGGCCCUUUUUAUUAUGUGUUUUGGGGCUAUCUUGAUUUUAUAAGCAAUUUUUAGACUCUUUUUGUUUGUUCGUCAAAUCUUUUGCAGGUAUUAAUGAUUAUCAUAAGCAUACUUGAUGGCCAUCUUA